UAUGGGCAGCAGCAGCAAGCGAGCAACUUGGAGCAGCAUGACUGAAGCAAAGGAGGGGCGCAGAAGGCAGAGCGACGGACAGAGUGUGCCGGAGCAACGGAGCAACCUGGAGCAACUUGGAGCAGCAGGCGUGAAGGGAAGGCGUGGUGCAGGAGUGGCAGAGCAGCGGACAGAGUGUGCCGGAGCAACGGAGCAACUUGGAGCAGCAGGCGUGAAGAAAAGGCGUGGCGCAGGAGUGGCAGAGCAGCGGACACAGUGUG